AUGAACCAAAUUUUCUAUCCUCUGACUUAAGUCAAUAGAACCUCAGCCAGACAAAUUAAUAAAGUGAUUUACUAUGGCAAUCCCUAACCAGAAAUAAACCUAAAAUCUAACGAUUUAAAAUAAUCCAUUUUUGAUUGGUAUCAAUCACUCUAAUUUCAAGGUUGAGACAACUAAAUUAGGAACAAUUGGACGAUGUGCUCUCCUUUACAUCCUACUUUAGAGUUUAUUCAUAUCUUAAAAUGUUCAAGAUAGAUCAAAAUGGGGUGCAUGAAUAUUAGGAAUUAUUAUGUAGUCCUUUUGAAGUUAAUGUUGCUGAGGAACUAAGUAGAUAUUAUUCUAUUUAAAAUUGUAAGCGUUUAAAUAAGAUUGAUUUAAAUGCACAUAAGGUAUUUCAUAAAUCUCAAUAAAUUAAAGUACAUCCUAGAUCACAUCUAUGUGUCUGAUUAUGAAUGGUUAUUUGAUACCAUUACAUUAAGAGGGGAUGUUGAACAAAUUAUAAAUUCAUUUGAAGAAAUAUCAAAUGGCACCAUAUUUACAAAUUGGGGAGAGUUAGAAUCUUAUGAAGAUGAAGGAUAUUAUGAAAUCAACCUCAAAAAACAGAAAGUCUAUUAGACAUUGUCUGAAUUACUUGUCGAAGAAUUUCAAAUUGCUAUUCUAUUAAAGUACUCAAUUAAGUUUAUUUAUAGAUAUCGCCAAUCUUGUGGAGGUGAUAAUUACACAUAUAACAAAAAUUUGUUAAAUUUGAAUCAUGUUAGAUUUAAUUAUCUAUCUCUGAACUUAAAUUAGUCCUUUCUUGAAUUUAAAUAAUUGUUUGCUUAGCAACCAAACUAGAAGUAAUCAAUUUCUGAACUUAUAUUAAUUUAAUCUUGGACAGACUUUAUCAAAUCAAAUCCCCUGUAACUCUAAACUCUUUGCUCAGAAGUUUAAUACUAUUUUAAUCAACCUAAAGAGUUGUUUUCAGUACCUCUCAAGUAAGUUCUAAAUGAAUAUGUUCUAUUUUGUAAAUUUUUGAUUUCCAGAUAAUUACUCAAAGAAUUUCCAUUGACCUCAGCUUCUGAGAUCAAAAGAGUCAAACCAAAGUAGGACAAGCAAACAUAUCAGAAAUUGUAGCAACUUAGCAUUUUAUUCAACAACCCUUAGAAAUCUUAAAUAUUACCUGAAAAUGAACAAAGAUUAUUUAGCACAAAUGAUGAGGAAAUAGAAAAUAUAUUUUAUGAAUUCACUACGUCUUUUAUGAAGAAACUCAUGGAAGAAACAUUUAUAGAACUAGAAAACCAGAAGAAAUUUAAAAAAUAAAAAUAGAAAAAGGCAAAAAGUCAAAAAAAACAAUAUAUGAGUGAAUGUACAUCAAAUUGCACUGAGUAUUAAUAGUUAUAAUAACAGUAAGAAAUUCAAUUUGAUGAAGAAUGGAUCAAUGAUACUUAAUCAAAGAAUCAAAAGAAAAAACAAAGAAGAAAAGAGUAAUUAUCUAUUUUUAUCUUAGAAAUCAAGAAAAGAAGAAGCUAAAAAAACUACCUGAAAUAUAGUAAGUAGAAUCAAGUGAAAGUGUUUAAAAUUAGUAAUUUGAACCCUCAAUAAAAAUAGAAAACUAAAAACAAGAAGAAAUAUAAGAAUAAGUUUAAGAGACAUUUCUUUGCACUACUACUUCUACUCAUGAUGAUGAUGGGGAAUUUAUUGAAGUGACCAAAAAGAAAUUUAAUGGGAAAAAAAAGAAAUAAAAUAGUAAAAAAGUUAAAGAGUAAAAAGAGGUACAAGUUGAAAAAUAAGUAAUCUUAAUUAAGAAGUCCAAUUCUUCAUAACAAAAUUAUUUAUCUGACGAUUACAAAAUGGGAAAUUCUACACCUACGAAAGCUCUUUCUCAAAAAAAAGAAUAAGAAAAUACUCCUCAGAAACCAGGCUUGGUAAAAAGCUUAAGUAAAGAAUAAAAAACAUAUAAAUAUGAUUUGGAUAAAGAUACACUUAACCAUAUAUGCUCAAACAUUUUGGAACAUAAACUAUCAAGGGAUAUUUAAUCAAUAUAUUAAAAAGAAUAGGAUAAUCUAUUCAAAUUUAGAGCAGCAAGGGAAGUUGCCAUUUUAAGGGUAUAACAUAUUAUUAAAGCCCAUUUCUUCUAAUUUUAAGUUGAGCCUGUAAUUUUCGGUUCUUCAAGAACAGGGUUGGCCCUGCACGAUAGCGAUGUUGAUAUGGUAGUUUUUGGGUUACCAGUGUUUACAAAACCAUAACUGUUUGAGCCUAUGAGAAAACUAUUGGAAGUUUUCUCCUAAAUGAAGUGGGCUAUUAGUUACAAGUAAUUUAUCCUUUCACACCAUUUAGACACAUCUUUCAAGCAAGCAUACCUUUGAUUAAAAUUACUAUUGAUCCUUCAAUAGGGUUUUUAGAAUUUGUAGGUAACCCACUCUAUUAUGUGAUGAAUCAUAGAAAUAUUGAAUAAAUGAAUUUGAAAUUAGGAGAAUAAUGUAUUUAAUUGAUUUUUAAGUAAAGCUUAAAACAUAUAAAUUGACAUCACCUUUGAAUUAUAGCAACCAUACCCUAUGUAUGGAUAUCAGGGAUACCAUGUUGGACUUCUAUCUACAGAUUACCAACGGUAAGUUGGGAUUUCAGUCAAAGGAUUCACUUAAGUAGCCAUAGUGUUGAAGAAGAUCUUGAAAUAAAGAGGAUUGAAUGACUCUUACACUGGAGGAGUGAGUUCUUUUUGUUUGACCAUUAUGUUAGCUGCGAUAGGGGAGAAUGUUUCAAUGGGAGAUAAAUUAUUGUCCUUUUUGUAAAGAUAUGGGUGGAAUUUCGAUCCUGAAUAAUAAUGCAUUUCUUUACAUUCAGAUGAGACCUUUAUGCCUAUUUAAGAAUAAGGAGAUCGAUUGCCUUUGAAUAUUAUUUCCCCUAUAAAUGAUGAGAAAAUUUAGAUCUAUGUCUCAAAGAUAUAAGAAAUUCUACAGGUAUUCAAGGAACUUUAUUUGGAACUGAAGGAGAAUAUGAAUCAAAUAGCAAUAGGUCUGUAAAAGAAAUUGGAUUAGAAGGACUUGUUAUAAUUACAUUAAACAAAUAUCGAGAAGCUUGUCGAUCUGAUCUAAUGGCAGAAUACAAAUCUUCUUGAUAGUUAAUUCUGA